ACACACACACACACACACACACACACUUCCGUCCUGCUGGUGCUGAGACGGUGGCGCUGGCCCUUUAAGAGCCGCCUGCAGGAGGACGGGGGGGUUUUAUUAUUGAGUGGCGGCGCUCAGAAGAACGGACCAUGCUCACGUGCACCCGAGCAGUCAUGGCGGGAAGCCGAGGGUGACGUGGAGACGUCUUGAAGCGAGACGAAGACGAGACUCGGGAUGGGCAAUUCCUCCUUCCCAGGUCGAGAGAAGAGAAAGGCUCCAAUGAUCUCCGCCGGUGAUGCCGAAUUCCCCCGGGACUACCACACGCUGGCCGGCAGCGUCAGGGCCCGGCGGAUCAAGGACGCCUCCAACGGGGGUUUCACGUCGUCUUCGCUGGACCGCCGCCACAACACGGUGGCGGCCAAGAGCCUGGAGGCCCUGAACAGCAUCCACAAGGCGGACAUCGAACGGCAGCGGGACGCCCUGAUGGAGCUCCAGAAGAACAAGUUGACGAGCAGCCCUGGCAGCUUGUCGCUAGGGGGCGCAACGAGAGGACGCCAGCAGCAGCCGAGUAACUACUGGAGCUUCAAGAGCCGCACGCCACGCGUGACCCGACUUAGCCCGACGCAGCCGGUUCUGGUGGAUCAGGCCGGCAGGGUUUCCUUCGCGUCAACAGAACAUCUGGAGGCCAUGUCCGAGUCCGACGUUCCGAUGGGUUUCAACCGGAUGAACCGGCUCCGUCAGAGCCUGCCGUUGGCCCGAUCGUCCAGCCAGGCCAAACUGCGGGCACCAGGGAUCCUGUUCCUGCAAUUUGGGGAGGAGACACGCAGGGUGCACCUGACUCACGAGCUGAGCAGCCUGGACACGCUGAGGGCGCUCAUCGUACACGUGUUCCCUCAGAGGCUCACCAUGGCCGCGCUCAGGUCACCCACCACUGCUCUGCUGAUCAAAGACGAGACUCGGAAUGUCUUCUAUGAGCUGGAAGACCCGCGAGAUGUUCAGGACCGAUGCGUCAUCAAAAUCUACUGCAAGGAACCCGUUUACGGAACCUUCCCCGGGCACCAGAACCCCCACUUGGCCAACGGAGACCUGCGGCGGGAGAUGGCCUACGCCACCCAGGACUCGCCCCCGUCUCGCCGCCUCGCCAACGCUCCCAUGUCGUCCCAGCAUUCCUCCGCUUCAUCCUCGCCUCCUCAUGGCUCCCCGUCGCGCACACGCCUACUCUACAGUGGCGGGCGGCCCUCCUCGUACGCCGGGCCGCCCCACCACCCGCACUCCUCCCCCCACCACAGCCAGCCGGCGUUCUGCGCAACCUCCAGCGCCAUUUUGGAGCGUCGUGACGUCAAGCCCGAUGAUGAAGUGGGCGGGUCCAGAAGCGUGGUGCUGCUGCGCGCUGACGAACGCGGGGGAGGGGGCAUCUACGCCGACCCCUACUCUCUGGCUGUGGAGACCAAUCGUAUUAGUCUCGCCAACGCGCCGCACUCGCCGCUUGCCAGCAGGAGCGACCCGUACGGGUCCCUGUACCGGCGAGGAGGGGGUGGGUCCGUGCGUUCGCUGACAUCCUACUCGGCCGCUGCGUUACAAGGGGAGCUGAUGGAGAGUGGCGCCCUCUACAGACCGGGCGGCCCACUUUACAACGACGCCUACGCCGCAUCGGUGUUGGCCGUGGGCCUGCGCGUGCCUCCCCCCUCGUCCCCUCAGAAGAUUCCUGACAUGCGAGACUCGUACGCCAGCACCCUCCCCACUCGCGGCUCCCCUGGAAGACCCGGUCUACGCCGGGACUCGGUGACGUCCUCGCUGUGCGGGGACAGUCCCAAAAGCAGGGGUCAAGGAUCAGGGCUGGGUUUGACCUCGGAGCAGCUCUGCCUCAUGGCUGGAGAUGGGGGCGGGGCCAGAGGCUUCGCAUCGCCUCUCCUCGGCAACGAGACGGAAACCAGGGAGCGCAUGGAGGUCAUGGAGAAGCAGAUCGCCAGCCUGACUGGUUUGCUACAGCGCGUCCUCAGCAGGGCGCCGGACGCCGAAAGCCCGGACAAAAUGGAGUCAGCUAGCGACGGCUCGGGAACCGACCCUGGACCUGCUAAAAUAAAGAAAGCCGUGACGCCGUCGGCGCCACUGGCCCUGAUGCCGCCGCCACCGCCGCUGGGCGCCCACCAGCCGGUGGCGGUGUCCCGUGUGCAGAUGCAGCACCACCUGCAGGGCCUGCAGCAGAGCACCAACGCGCUUCGCACGCAGCUUUCGCAGCUACGUAGCAUGCAGCUGGAAAACCGGGACGCCGUGGUGGCUCUGCUGAGGCAGACUGAGGCGGAGCUAAGCGUCAUGAUGCUGGAGGCUUCGCCCCCUCAGGAAGACCCCCUGCAGAGACAGCGCCUCCUAGUGGAGGAGGAGCGUCUCAAGUACCUGAACCAGGAGGAGAUGUUGAUACAGAAGCUGCACGACCUUGAGAAGUGGGUGGAGGAUCUGCAGAGGAGACGCGGCCUAGUGAGCGAGCGCGACGUGGAGCAGAGGAGUCAGGAGCUCAGCGUCCUGGGAGAGACGCUCAGUCAGCUCAAGAACCAGUUCCCGGGCCUGCAGAGUCGGAUGCGGGUGGUCCUGCGCGUGGAGGUGGAGGCGGUCAAGUUCCUGAAAGAGGAACCUCAUCGUUUGGAAGCGCUACUCAAACGCUGCAACAGCGUCAGCGACACGCUAAGCGCGCUGCGCAGACAAGUCAGCGAGGGCGCCCAGAAGGACCUGGAAGACACUUCCGGCUCAGCGCAGAAGAGUUCGGAGGACGUGGACAUGGUGGAAAGUCCUCCGCUUAGCCUUGCUGACCUUGGCGCAGACUCAGGCCUUGCCGAUUGGAUCCCCGGCCCGAGCCCCGCCCCCGAGCUGGACAAUACGGUGCCGUUGACUUUCAGAGGUCGAGCCACAGAUGAGUUGCAGAGUCGGCGCCCAGCUGAUAAAUGCGUGUCGGCCGAGGUCAGACUGGCGGCGGAGCGAGACUGGGAGGAGAAGCGUGCCAGUUUGACUCAGUUCAGCGCUCAGGACAUCAACCGCCUGCUGGAGGAGACGCAGGCCGAGCUGAUGAAGGCCAUUCCCGACCUGGACUUUGCCACCAGGGCCGUCAACAAGCCGGCGGUGCCGCCCAAGCCGCAACUCAGCGCGCCCAUCGCCGCCGCCGCCGCCGCCGCCGCCGCCAGCGAGCAGACGCCUGGCAAAGUGCAGCUAGCGGCCCAGAAGCUCAACAGUCUGGAGGGGGCGGGGUCUCAUCGAGGCUCUGUGGACCUGGGCGUGGUCAGGUGCCGCAGUGAGAAGCCCUCCAAGUCUCCGCCGCCUCCUCCGCCUCGUCGAAGUUUCCCGUCGGCCCUCGGACUGACCGCCGCCCGUAUGGGCGACACCGCCGUGACCAAUAAGAGUCUGAAGAUGGACGAGGACGGCGAGAUCCCGAAAGCUCUCGUCAAGCUGAGGCGGACCCCUUCUGAGAACCCCCGACCGGCCUCCACGCCGCCCGUCAUGGCGCCAUCAGGACUUCAGAACGAGGAUGACAGGGAGAAGAUUGUCGCUGAGCAGGAGAACGGCAGCAGCGCCACCUUGCUCAAAGGUCCAACGGUCGCAGCUCGCCUUAAACACCUUGAGCAAGGCAACCAGGAGAGGAAUGUGGGCCGCAGGUCCAAAGAGGAAGUCAAAGUAGUCCAGGGAGGGCAACAGCAGGUAUUCCACUUCUAGAAGCUCCGCCCACAAAGUGUAGCAGCGCAUGAAAGCAGGUG